AUGGAUUCCGGCGACCCAACAUCUCUACUUUUAACCAAAAUCAGAAGCUUGGAGCCAGACUACGCUCCGAAGAUCAUCGGUUAUCUUCUCUUACAAGAUUUCGAGGAGAAAGACUUGAUGCAUCUCGCUCUUGGACCUGAAUCAGUCCUUCACUCCGUUGUUCUAAAAGUGAAAACUCACUUAGGACUUUUAACGAACACCUUAUCUGCACCUUCUACACCUCCGUCUCCUUACCUUAUCUCUCCACCACCAAUUAACGGAAGAGGAGGAGGAGGGCUCUCUCACUCUAAUGGCUUCAUGGGUUUCCGACGAAACUCCCCGUCGUUGUCUCCUUCAUUCAAUCCUAGUAAUGGAGUCUCUGCUACUGAUUUACUUGAUGAUCAGAAGCUAAGUGAUUGCCUUUCGUUUCUAGACGAUUCGUGUGAGGAAACAGAGGAUGAAAACGGAGAAACCCAUCUGCAUAGGAGGAGUUUCUCAGAUGGUAAUGGCGGUGUCACUGAUUCUCAGGAUAAAGUUGAAGACUUUGUUAGGGAAGAGGAGAUGAUGAGGUUGAAAAUGGCUUAUCAGAGGAUUAGGCUUAUUCCUCAGUUGCCAUACGAGAAAAGAAUGGACUUUCUAUUGCAUCAGCAUGCUCAUAGAGAUGGUGGAGUGUCUUUUGGUGAUGAGAGAUAUUGGAGCAGCAGUCCAGGAAGGCUUGAGAGGAUGGAGAUAAUGGCAAUGCAUUUUAAUGAUGUGUCAAACUCUGUAGCUAGACAGAUUUACUUGACUUUCCCAGCUGAGAGCACGUUUAAGGAUGAGGACGUUGCAACUUACUUUAGCCUUUUCGGAACAGUGCAAGAUGUGAGGAUCCCACACCAACAGAAGCGUAUGUUUGGCUUUGUUUCAUUUGCACAUCCUGAGACUGUGAAGGUUGUAUUAGCUAGAGGGAAUCCACAUUUCAUUUGCGACUCACGUGUUCUUGUAAAACCUUACAAAGAAAAAGGGAAAGCGUUGGAUAAUGAUCACAGGAAGCAUCAGCAUCUGCUACAUCAGCAGAUUGAACGUGGGAACUACUCUCCAUGUUCCAGUCCAUCUGGGAUUGAUCCUAGAGAACAGUCUGAUUUCCAACUUGGUUCGAAGUUGUUCUAUGAGAGGCAGGAAAUGAUGAGAAGGAAAAUGGAACAAGCUGAUCUGCAGAGGGCUGAGUUUGAAAGGAGACGCUUCAUUAAUUUGCAGUUUCCUGAGUUUAAGAAUAGUGUGGUGCCGCUGAAUCAUCAUCGUAGCUUUUCUGUGGGGUCUCCUGGUUAUUUUUCAUCUGCCAGCUACCAAAGCCCUGAUACUGCCGAUGCUUUGGAAGUUGAUGAUACUACCACCGAGCUGCAUCCUUACGCAGUAACCGACUCAAAGAGUAUUAACAAGAAUAAUUAUUCAUACGGUGCAAAAGAAGGAACCAACGAGAGUGAAACGCUUGAACCAGACACUGGAAGCACUAUAGAGCUUGUUCUUCCUAGUAACCUCUUCCCUUCUGCAAUAUCUACCGAUGAUUCUGCAGAAACUAAUGCAAAAGCUGGAGUCUCUGUUUCUUCUACUAAUGGAAAUGACCAUGUAUCACUACCCACUACCAGUAACCUGACGCAGUAGGCUUAUUUCACCUCAUAAAUGCCAAGACAAAUAUAAAAAAACAAACACAAGGAAGUAGGAUAAUGUAUAUGUAAAGCUAAGUUUAUAUAUUAAUGGAGAAGAGAAAGAAGGUAGGAGAGAUGAUAACAUUUUAAUGAAGAUCGCAAGUUUCGUGUGGUAAUACUCUAUACUAACUAACAAUUGGAUGCGUUGGAGAUACUCAAAAGAAAGAAGACAAAUCUAUCUAUAUGGUAACUUUCUGUUGUGCUAUUAUUUCUCUUUGCUUGGGGUAGCUGAAACCACAAGAGUCUCUGAUGUACCAAAGAAGAAUAGAAGGUUCUGUAAUUUUAUAUAUUUAAAGUAUUAAGCCGUUUCUUAUAGUAGUAAAAAAAAGUGUUGAAGGGCUCCUAAAC